GCUGUUGGAGCCUUAUGGAAAGUCGAGUGAUCACCUGAUAUAAGAUGCGGGGUUGGGCUCAAAUUGCGCUGCUUCGGUGCUCACCAGCCAUCAGAUUUAGAUCUGUCACCCUAGCUGCUGACUUGUCCGCUGUCGUUCCAACACUUCAAACAUGGCAGGACUUCAAGGCCCUACCGGUACCCUGAGACUAGAUCCUGAAGGGCCAACUUAUCACAUUCUUCCCGACUUUGAGCCGCCUGCGCCAGCUGGGCGCUUCACUCUCGGUACCAUUGUGGACGACUUCGACAGCCUCUGGCCCCUGAACCAGGACGAGGAGCCAGUCAUCGAUCAUUCUCGGCUUCACUGUCACCAUGAAGACAAGUUCUGUGCAUCAAGGGCCAAGAUUGUAAACGGAGGGAGGUACGCCGGAUGGAGGCUUCUCAAUCUUGGACCGGUCGGUGAAGGUUGGACAGGCCGUCGGAGCACGCAGCACAUGAGGUACUGUUUCAAACGAAUCGACACCAUCUCCUUCACUCCAACGAAGGAGGAUUAUAUGGAAGCAUUUCAGUCAGUCGGAGUCCAAGACUAUCUGUGUACAUCCAACAACAAGCCAGUUUACAUGAUAACUGGAAUCAAGACUGGAUACGAACCGUCCAUCACCUCCACGAGGAACGCCCCGAUAAAAACGCGAACUGCCUUGGAUCUCGAAAUGCACGGCCGCAUUCCGCGGCCCCAUCCCGGGGCCCCAGGCGCAGAUGCAUCACUCACCUCAGACAUGAUUUUUGCGAGGGUAGUGACGUCGUCUGCUGUCUUUGCCAUCAGCGUGGUAAAGCUCGUCGCUGACGCGGAAUAUCCUGCGGAAGACGAUUCGGCUGAGAUAGAGGGAGACGCCAGUACAGAUCCUUCGGAUGAUGUUAUCAUGAUCGUCAAGGACAUCAAGGAGGUGGAGUUGGAUGCUGAGCUGCAGAAUAUGGAUGUACGAAAUGAGUAUUUUGGGGAUGGGGAGAUGAUCACUUGGAUAAAGCCGCGCGACACUUGAACAACAUUAUCAUGUCGAGUGGCUAGGCUACCGGGGUUCAAUUUUAGAUUAAUUUCAACAUAAUCAAGUUUCAUUUGUUGCAA